AUGCCGCAGAAAACGCUGGGAUCCAUUGUAGGGCUCCUGUGUACCGGGGUCUCUCUGGUGCAGGGCAAGGAGUUCUGUUUUGGAGUGAACAAUGAGCAAUACCGCUGCGAGAUGGGGUACUGCUGUGGAGAGACGGAAUGCUGCACUUAUUACUACGAGCUUUGGUGGUUCUGGUUAGUUUGGACCUUGAUCAUCAUGCUGAGUUGCUGCUGUGCCUAUCGGCACCGCAGGGUGAAAAUGCGGCUACAGCAGGAGCAACGUCAGCGGGAGAUCAGCCUAAUGGCUUACCAGGGCGCCUCCAGCUCCUUCAUUUCGCCUCCACCUCUCAACCUCAGAUUCUGGAAUGACUGCAAACUUCCCGACUACGAGGAGGUUGUGGGCCAUCCACCCACACCACCGCCACCUUACUCAGAAAACCCUCCCGAGGCAGCUCCAGCGCUUCCUGAUGAAGUUAGUCAGCCCAUCGUUACUGUCGCCGCGGCGUUGCCACCAGAAUCCUCGCAAGCAACUCAGCCCGGGCCCACCGCCAAUGCCUUAAACUCAAACCAGGACGCCGCUUCUUCGUCACUGACCUCGGCUCGAGAGGAUGCUGCAGAUCCACCCGAUGAGGAGGAAGAUGAGCUCAUCACUCGCCGCCGGCACGUGACCGGCGACUCAGGGAUAGAGGUGUGCGUCUGCCAGCUGGAUGACGGCUCAGGGCUGGAGGAGGAGAGCGAUGAGGAGCGGCGCGUGUGCGGGGCUGCUGGCGGGGAAUGCUGUUCACGCCAUCAGCAGCACGCCUUCAGACACAAGGAGCACACCUGCGACAUGCCCAGCCAAACCACCAGCACUGGAGACAGCAUGGUGUGA